AACGUUGCCAACAGCAGGUAGUCAGUGAAAACAAUAUCAUUUUAUCCUUACAAUUCAGACGGCUAGCAUCCAAUAAUGUCCGGAGCAGAGGAAGUUGAUUUGGUCAACAGGGAUCCUAAUGGACUAAACUCCCAUUUAGGGACCCUCCAUUUCAAUGAUGUGAUUGGUGAGCCAGAUGGUACCCACAGUAUUGACUGUGCCUACAAGCUUUCACACACCUGCUUCAACUUGUGGAAAGGCUGCCUCUACAAGCUCCUGACAUUCUACCUGGGAUGCUUCAUAGCCGCCGAGUGGGGCUGUGAGUUUGCCAUUAUCUCCUUCUUCCAUGUUUGGUACAUCAGUCCAUGCUUGAAGGUUUGCGAAAUCAACUGUGGACUUUGCCAGAGGUUGUACGCCAACUGCAUGAACUGCUGCUUCGUGCCAGUCUGUGAAGCGAUGGGAACAGUGUUCCAUCAUUUCAAGAGAUAA